AUGUGGAGGGCACGUAAAAGUAUUCUUCCAACAAAUUACAACCUCAAACUCAGAAAAGUGGCCACAGAGGAUAAAUGUGUAGUUUAUGGCAAACCUGAGUCUUCGGGUCACAUUCUUUGGGAUUGCGUGUUUGCAGCUAACGUUUGGAAGGAAACUAGGCUCAAUCUCCCAAAGUUUCAGAACCCCCAGCGUGACUUUAUUGAUGUGGUUUGGAGGUUGAGAGAUGUUCAAAGUGAGGUGGAUUGGGAAAUCUUUGCUACCAUGGCUUGGUGCCUUUGGAAAAACAGGAAUUCAGUCAAGUACGAAGGGAAGGGAAAACCAACAAAGGCAAUAGCAAGGGAGGCAAAAACUGUGGUUGAGGAAUUCCAUAUGUUUAACUCCACAAUGAGUCAGGAAUCCAAUUCCAGGAGACAUUACUGGACACCUCCUUUGUCCGGUUGGUACAAGGUUAAUGUCGACGAAGCAGUAUUCAAGGAGAUCAAUAGCUGUGGCAUUGGAGUUGUGAUUAGGAAUGAUAAGGGUCAGUUGAUGAGGGCCAUGAGCAAAAAACUUGAACUACCCUUGGGUGCGCUGGAAGUUGAAGCAAAGGCGGUGGAAGAAGGUGUCAUGUUGGCAAAGGAUCUCGAUCUUAGCCACAUCAUCAUUGAGGGAGAUGCUCAGACGGUUAUGUCAGCCCUCGCAGGCCAUACAUCUCCUCCAAGCACAAUUCAAAACAUCAUUGCAAGAGCAAGACAAUGGACCUUAAACUUCUCUGCGUGGAAAGCAACCCAUGUUCGAAGAAAUUGUAACCAAGCAGCUCAUUUGAUGGCAAGAAAUGGUUUAUAUCUGAGAGUGUAA